CUAUAUAAUUGACAAAUGAAGUCGACACAGCGCAUCUUGUCGGCCAAUCCGGGAAAGAAUCCGUUGAUGCGGUCUAUUGGUUUUGGAUUUACUGUAGCGCUGUCGGUUUCCUACCUGAAAUAUUCACAAGUUAUGGCAUCGAAGAGAAAGUCAGAGGGAAAGUCUGAGGAUGACAAAGUGUCAGCUAAGAAACCAGCACCAUUCUGGAAGACCGGUCUUUUAUCUGCAAUGCACGACCCCGAUUUACAAGUUUACAAAGAUGACAAAGUCAUCAUCAUAAAAGACAAAUACCCAAAGGCAAAAUUUCAUUUUCUGGUGAUGCCCAAAGACAACAUUCCUAAUUUGAAAAGUUUGAAAAAAGAGAACAUUGAACUUUUGAAGCAUAUGCACGAAAAAGGGAAAGAAACAGCAGAAAAGUCUGAUCCAGAUUUACAGUUUCGGCUGGGUUACCACGCUGUGCCAAGCAUGAGCCAUCUACACUUACAUGUGAUCAGUCAGGAUUUCGAUAGUCCAUGUCUGAAGAAUAAGAAACACUGGAACUCAUUCACUACAGAGUACUUUGUGGACUCGGAGGAUAUUAUCAAAGAGCUUGAGAAAAAUAGUAAAGUCAUCAAAGAUGUAUCUCAUUCACAGGAACUGCUAAAGAAAAAUCUGAGGUGUCAUGUGUGUAGAAAAGAAAUGACAACUAUGCCAGCCUUAAAAACACAUAUCAAACAACACAGCUACAAGAAAAGUUGACAGUAGAGGGCGCUCUACACAUUACAUGUAGAUCAGUCAAGUUCAGAGGUCACAGGUGACUUUGAAUUGUUGAGUUAACAGAGAACAAUUCUUUAUUUUUGAAGGACUGACAUUUUUUGCAGCUUAUUUUGUCAAUGAUAUGCCUUCAUUGAAUUUAUCAAGAUUUAUUACGAUUUUCUUCUUGGUUUUUGUAUAAAGUAAAGACUGUUUCAGAUUUUUCAUUUACAACGAAUUUUGAAUAUACAUGUAUUCAUGAAAUUUGUCAAAUAUGUUUUGUAAUUACAAUGUGCUAUAAGUGUAUUUUAUGAAUUGAGAAUUUACUUAGAGGAAAUCUUGAUGGAAUGUAGGCAAGAACCUUUCGAUGCCAAGAGACACUGAGAACUUUUUUUUUGUUCUUAUGUUGAACAGAAUACAUUUUUUUUUAGUCUACUGUAGUCUUCUUUUGUUCUAUUUUUUAGUAAAUGGUUUUUGAGUUUUAAAGGGAUAAAUUGACCAAGAGGACUAUUAUAAAACAAAAGCAUUUUGUUUAUCAAGACAAUAAUUCCUGGAUUAAUAGAGUUAUCAAUUGAAAUUGAUAUUCUUCUUCUCCUCUUCUUCACUGUUAUGAUAUAAAAGCA